GGAUAAAAUAUAUAAAUAGUUUAAAGUUAACAUAAAUUUUCACGCGGCUCGGACUGCAGGGAUGUGUUUGUGAUGUCUAUGAUGCAACGGAAUGAUAAGUUGUAUCGUGCAUGUUGUGUUUGAACCAUAGAAGUGGUAUUGUAAUUAUAUAAUUGGCAUUGUCCAGUGUAAGGUACAGCUAACGAACACAGUGCAUCUUUCCUUCCCGUAUGGCUGCAUAUGUUAACCGUACAAUAUCGAUGAUGGCUGGCGACGGGCCUCAUAACGUCGCUAUGAACAAUGGGACUGUUCGUGUCAAUAUGUCAAAUGUGGAUUCGCCUCUACAGAUAUUUGUAAGAGCCAAAAAGAAGAUUAAUGAUAUAUUUGUUGAAAUUGAUGAUUAUGUCAAGGAUGCAGUUACAUUUAUGCAUGCUGUGUCUGGGGAGAAUGGUAUUGCGACAGCACAAGAUGUUGCGAAUGUUGAAGCGUAUGUCAGUAAAGUACAAGCCAUACGGGAGGUUCUUAAACGAGAUCACAUGAAAGUGGCAUUCUUUGGAAGGACGAGCAAUGGUAAGAGCACAGUCAUCAAUGCUAUGCUUCACGACAAGAUCUUGCCGAGUGGCAUAGGUCACACCACCAACUGCUUCCUGCAGGUGGAGGGAUCCGAUACAGACGAGGCCUUCAUGAGGACAGAAGGUUCCGAGGAGAAGCUCAAUGUACAGUCGGUGAGCCAGCUGGGCCACGCGCUGUGCGCGUCGCGGCUGCAGGAGUGCUCGCUGGUGCACGUGCACUGGCCGCGCGAGCUGUGCGCGCUGCUGCGCGACGACGUGGUGCUGGUGGACAGCCCCGGCGUCGACGUCACGCCCAACCUGGACCAGUGGAUCGACAAGCACUGCCUCGACGCCGACGUGUUCGUGCUCGUCGCCAACGCCGAGUCCACGCUCAUGGUCACCGAGAAGAAUUUCUUUCACAAAGUUUCGACGAAGAUAUCGCAACCGAAUAUAUUCAUAUUGAAUAAUCGAUGGGACGCUUCCGCUUCGGAACCCGAGUAUUUAGACCAAGUGCGCAGCCAGCACGCCAACCGCUGCGUGGACUUCCUGUCCCGCGAGCUGCGCGUGUGCUCCCCCAAGGAGGCGGAGGAGCGCAUCUUCUUCAUCUCGGCCAAGGAGGCGCUGCUCACGCGCAUGCGCGAACGGGAGAAGCCAGUCUCCUCGCCGCUGCUGGCGGACGGGCACCAGGUGCGCUACUUCGAGUUCGUGGACUUCGAGCGCAAGUUCGAGGAGUGCAUCAGCCAGUCCGCCGUGCGCACCAAGUUCGCGCAGCACUCGCGCCGCGGGAAGAACAUCGCCGGCGACGUCAUGGCGGCGCUCGAGCUCGUGUACAACAGCUCGAGCGAGCAGAAGGCCGCGAAGGUGGAGAAGCAACGCGUUCUCCAGGAGCAGCUGUCGGCCGUGGAGGAGCAGCUCACCGCCAUCACGCGCCAGAUGAAGGACAAGAUCGGUCGCAUGGUGGAGAGCGUGGAGCACAAGGUGUCGCUGACGCUGAGCCAGGAGAUCCGGCGGCUGUCGGCGCUGGUGGACGAGUACGAGGCGCCGUUCCGCAGCGAGCGCGGCGCGCUGGAGCAGUACAAGCGCGCGCUGCACCGCCACGUGGAGGCCGGCCUCGGCUCGCGCCUCAAGAAGCGCCUGUCCGCCGACAUCGGCCACGAGAUGGACGAGGCGCAGAAGGAGAUGGCCGAACGCAUGUACAACAUACUGCCCAUGCACAAGCGAGCGGCGGCAGCCAGCUACAUCGUGCCCCACCAGCAACCCUUCGAAGUGCUCUACCGCCUCAACUGCGACAACCUCUGCGCCGAUUUCCAAGAGGAUCUGACGUUCCGCUUUUCUUACGGGAUCACGGCUCUGAUCCAGCGCUUCCAGGGACGGAACACGAAUAAAAUCGCCUUAAAGAAUCCUCCAACGGUAACACAGAUCCCUCCGUCGAUGCCCCCCGCGGCGCAGGAGGCCCCGCGCCCCGCCCCCGGCGUGGGCCCGCUCAGUGCGGAGGAGUGGAGCAUGGUCUCCAAGUUCGCCCUCGGCGCGCUCACCUCGCAGGGCACCAUGGGCGGCCUGCUGCUCUCCGGACUGUUGCUGAAGACGGUGGGCUGGCGGGUGGUGGCGGUGACGGGGCUGGUGUACGGCGCGCUGUACGCGUACGAGCGGCUGACGUGGACCACGCGCGCGCAGGAGCGCGUGUUCAAGCGGCAGUACGUGGCGCACGCCGGCCGCAAGCUGCGCCUCAUCGUCGACCUCACCUCCGCCAACUGCAGCCACCAGGUGCAGCAAGAGCUCUCCACGAUGUUCGCUCGGCUCUGUCGUUUGGUGGACGAGGCGACCACCGAGAUGGACAGCGAGCUGACCGAAGUCAAGGAGGCUAUUAAAAUGUUAGACGGAGCGUCCACCUCCGCCAAGAAACUGAGGAACAAGGCGAACUACCUCUGCCACGAACUGGAGCUAUUCGAUGACGCUUUCCUCAAACAUUAGGAGAUUGUAAGUGUUUAAGACACCCUGAACGGGCCGGCAGUCGCGGGAUGCAUUUCAUACGAGAGCACUGGUGCAGCGCAGCUGAUUAAAUAUUAUCGUAGUUGUUAUGUUGUGUAGUCUCGAUGGUAGUGUGAUUAAUGUGUUAAGAGUAACAUCUUUUGAGGACAUUAGUCUCAAUGUAACCUUAACGUAAUCUUACUUCAUAUACCGUGUGUUAUGUAGACAAUAAUAUUCUGAUGUCUUUCUUUAUGACCAAGGUAUAUUUUAGCCUAUUUAGAAUAUAAAAGUUUUUAAUUAUUCAUUGUUGGUGAUUUUUUUUAGAAAAUAAUUCAGACAUUUUAUAAAUUUAAUAUGUUACUUUUUAUAUCGAGAAGUGAUCACCACACUGGACAUUUUAUCAAGGUAAUUGAAUUAGUUCUCUUGAGAUAAUUAUUAAACUGUGCCUCCAUAAUAAUAGUUGAAGGGAUUGACAUAUAAUAUUUAUUUAACGACAUUAGUUCAAAACAUUGGACCAAUUUUAAUUUUCUUCAAACAUUAGAAAAAACAAACUGUAAGUAAGCUAAACUAAAUAAAUUCGAAUAUUUUGUGAUAUAUAAAUAUUUUUCGUAAGACAUUAGAUAUUAAAAUGAUGUUACCAUUUGUUGGUGAAGACGCUACCGUCGGGACUUUUGAGGGUAUUGUGUGCAUGAUCUAUUUAUUUACUGUUGAUUAUUGUUGUUGUAGAUGUCUUAAAUAUGUAAGGUUAUAUGUAUGUCUUUAUAUAACUCUGAGGAGUAAGCUUUCUAUUAUAAACGCACAAAAUACCAUUUUCUUUAGCCAUUUGACUAUAAAAAGGUGUACUUGGUAUAAAGCAGUAACUGUUUUUAUAUACAAAUCUUUUUAAAUAAAAAAAUUGUAUAUUUAAGAAUUAUGUGUUUGUGAUAAUUCAAAUAACUUAAAAAGGCAAACUAAAAAUAAAUGACAACAGUUGUAUAAAGACUUACAAUACAACCUCGCUGUUUUAUAUUUGUUAGCCUGUUGUAUUUCAAUGUGUAUAAAUAUUUUUAAUCUCCUGCCAGCACCAUUGUAAUGACAUGACAAUUAUGGGGUCUUCGGUCCACUGAGCUUCACUAUUAUAACCGUAUUAGCCAUCAAACAAACAAAAGAAAUUAUAGAACUUGGACAAUGUCAUUCGCGUAGCUAUUCCAGCGCGAUGAGGAGUGAGGCUCUGUUGUUUUAAUCCACAAGAGAUUUGAUACGUUGACCUUAAUGUGACCUUGGGUAGGUCAAUCUUGUACAUUAACUCAUGUAUAGUUGAUUAAAUCCGUGUAAAUUCGUUUUGUUAUUAUUUUGUAUUUCGUCUUGUAACAUUUUUUUAUCACAAUGAAUUCGCGCGUGAGGAGACACUAAUUCUCUGCUGGGUCGUGACAUUUUUUAAGGACUAUGUAACGCCAGAUAUUUUAAUUGAUGGAAUAGGAACUAUGAUGAAACGCAAAUUUUAUUUUUCUGAUAAAAUGUCACUUGUGAUUGAAAACAAAAAACUGUUAAUAUAAUAAUUAAAGUUAUUGCAGUGUCACAUCCAGCUUUGCAUUAGUCUUCGCAAUUUUGUUACUAUAAAACUAGUAAAUUUUUAAUUUUGAUUAUAUAUAUCUUUUUAUGCCCGCUUGGUGCUAUACGCUAAAAUAUAAAGCUAAUUGAGCAGCCGAUAUGUUACAAUCUUAGGUCGUUAUUAAAUUUGAGUAAAUUAAGAACAUUUGUAAAUUAAGUUUAAUACAGAAAGUAUUAUUACAUGUAAAUCACGAAAGAAAUUAUGUAUAAUAUACUGAAAAGAAAUGUUACCAAAUUGCUAGUAAUGAGGUGAUUUUGAGAUAUUGUCCUUGAGAGACAAGUAAUAGAUAAUGCUGGGAAACUCCUAAAACUAUACUAGAAUCAAUACAAUUGGAAAAUAUAAUAAGUAAUAUCAUAAAUGAAGUAACAACGCUCCAGCUCUCUAAGCUUCACCGACUAGACUACGAAGGGUGAGACGUUAGAGUGAGCUGCAAGUAUGUUCUGUUACAAAACAACGAAUGUUGAAGAUCAGUUAAAAUUAUAUAACAAUGAAUCAAUAAAAUUUUCAAUUAUUCUGUUUGAUGCCUAUUCAUUUGCUUUUCAAUUUAGAAACGCUUUCUAGUAUGA